GAGUGCCAAGCAGCCUGUUUCAAUUCCUCUUCCUACAUAUUUUCGAAAAGUGGAAGAGAUUUCAAUGAAAACUGGAGUGUCUGUAAUGACCAGCGAGGUUACUUAGUCUCCAUCGAAACUGAAGAAGAAUGGCAGUUUAUCAGUCAUGAGAUUCAAAAGCGUGGUACUUGGAAUACUAGUGCGUGGCAUAUUGGUUUAAGGAAUACAGACGGGGUUUGGACUUGGAUUAGUGGAGAUCAACUGAGUAUAUCGAAAUGGCAAGAUUCUGAGCCAGGUGAUAACGACGAUGGAGCGGAAAUAUCCAAGAAUGGAGGCCUCUUUAUUGGUAUCUCUCGGGGUGAUAAAAACGCCUUCAUUUGCGAGAUGCCCGGAGGUAAGAUCACAUUCCAACCAUAAAGUAUAUUAUGUGCUCAAACAUUGCAGUCUUGCACUUGUUUUACUUAAAAGUAAAAAUGUUGUUCACAUAAUAUGCUCGGCUCACCUAACUUGUACGUGUGAGCGACGAAUGAACUUUUAAGCGUGUAUUAAUGGUUGAAAAUAAUGCCCAUGAAAAAAUCCGGGACAUAUUUUUUGCAUCGCCAGCAGCUGAAAAAACAGCGAUCAAGAUUUUGUCGAGUGCGUUGAGAUUGAAAUAGUCUAGCCAACGGAAUUUUCCCUCGCCAUAAGUUCAAUGAGGUCAGUGAGUGAAUGCAUGUUCUUUUAAACAUAACACAUCGAAGUAUGUAUGGCCAAGAUCUUUGAGUACCGGUACUGAAAACAGAGUGCACAGUUUUUCCCAGUACAGACCGACUUUGGCUGUUGAAUAACAGUUUUUUUUUUCUUUUAAACUCAACGAAAUAUUUCCCAAAAGAACCCUAAGGGGUUGGUGCUGUAAUUACGGCAAGAUUCUCCAUGAACUGAACAAUUUUUGAGCGAGUAAAUGGUAGUUGAGGUAAUGCAAGUUAAAUAGAGGCAUCACUUAAUUAUUUUUAUUUGUGUAAUGAAAAAGGUGAUUUAAAAGGCUUCUUAACAAGCUUUGAAACAAUGUCAUUUUUCUACAAGUAUCUGUCACAAUCUGACAUCUGUCAAUUUGAGAGCGUGUAAGAAACAAAAGCGCCUGCACGUUUUAAAAGAAAAAAACAACAACUACAACAUCAACGACACUGGUUUGGCAAACAAACUUAAGUUCAAUGUCUGUCACUAGAAUUUUUUCUUUAAAAACAGUCAAUGAUCUUACGGAAAGUAUUACUCACUUCCAUCGACUAUUGAUGAACGAAGUAUAACUCUGUUCGGUCAGUAAAUGGAAAGUAAUUGUAAGUAAAUUUACAUCUGUUUGCCUUGCUCAUGUGUUUGGUGCAAUCACGUGUGCAAAUCUGGUCCUUUAUCAAAAGGGGAAUCUUAAUGCAGCUUCUUCUCUUUCAAGAGCAGCAUGGCUCAGUCCAGCUUCCCUAACACAUGGAAGAUUGCAAAAGUUAAUGCAAUCUUUAAAAAAGGAAACCCAGCAGAUGUUUCAAAUUAUAGGCCAAUAUCACUUAAAUAUCCCCAGCAAGCUGCUCGAAAGCCAGAUCUGCAACAUAAUUGAUACCCAUCUGAACAGCUGUGGCAUAAAAAGCUGUAAACAGUGGGGGUUUAGCAAGGGACUAUCGACUGAAGGAAUGCUUACCUCUAUGACUGAAGGAUGGAAGACAACAAUUGACAAUGGUCUGACAGUUGGAGCAGUCUUUAUUGACUUCCAGAAAGCUUUUGACACUGUCCCCAUUAUAUUUUAUCGCAUAAACUACACGCCAUUGGAAUAUCAGGAUCUCUUCAUGAAUGGCUAAUGAGCUAUCUUACUGAUAGAUGUCAAUUUGCUGAAGUUAAUAAUUGCAGGUCGGUCACUGACUAUGUGCGAUAUGGAGUCCCUCAAGGCUCGCUUCUUGGCCCCGGCUCUACACCAUAUAUGUUAAUGAUCUCCUGACCACAUCGACUCGGGAGAUCUAUACAUGUAUGCAGAUGACACUACAGUUUACUGUAUUGGACCAAAUGUUGACCAGGUUAUGUUGUCACUAAAUAAAUCAUUGGAGCAAGUUCUCCUGUGGAGCAUUAAGAAUCAGCUAACCAUCCACCCAAUUAAAACUGAAGCAAUGAUACUAAGUAAAACCUCUUUUGUUGGGCCUAUACCUCCCCUCCACUUUAACACUGGCCAUAUCGACCUGGUUAAUUACACCACUUGUCUUGGAGUUAAAAUUGACAAUAAGCUGACAUGGUCUGUGCACAUUGACUCAGUGAAGAAAUCUUUUUACGCAGAAGGUUGGAGCGUUGAAGAGAAUGAGAAUCCUUCCGAAGAAGGUUCUCGAGGAAAUAUACUUUAAAACAAUUAUCCCCAGUGUAACGUAUGGAAUUUCGGUAUGGGGAAAUUGUUCUCCUUCCGCACUGAACUCUCUAAACCAUAUUCAUGCAAGAGCAGCUCGUAUUGUGAAUAACCUCGACUCAACGAUGGCAGAUGACACAUGUCUCAUGAAAUCCGACUGGCUGCCCAUCUCUUACUUCUAUAAAAAAUCUGUACUGUUCCUCUUGCACAAAGUAUAUUUUGGAACAACGACCCAGUCGAUAUGUGAACUGUUUUCUAAAAGAGUUUCUUCUAGAUCUUCUCGUGUUCCUAACCAAUUUAAUGUCAUUAGAUUUAGAUCAGAGACCGGCAGGAACUCCCUACGAUACAGAGGUCCUGUUAUUUGGAAUUUUGUAAAUAGAUUAGUUAAAGUACCUGAAAGUUUUUAUUCUUUUAAACAAAUCUUACGUAAACAUGUUAAGACUAUUGACAAUUUUUCAUUUGAGAAAGAGGCAACAGUAGUUGCCAACAGAAAGGACCAUUUCAUUUACUUUUAGAUUUAUAUGUUAGUCUUAGUGAACACCAUUUUAUUUGUAUAUAGUAGUUCUAAGUUAUUAUUGCAAUUUUUAUAUAUAUGUAAUUCCUAAUAUUUAGUAUAGUAGGUCCACAUCAGCCCUUUGGCUGCCUUUCACACAACCUACUUAUCAAAUAAAGAAUGUAUGUAUGUAUGUAUGUAUGUAAUUCCUUCGUUUUCUGUUGCGAAGUUUACGGUACAAAUGUCCUAAUUGAGCAGACUCGCAAAGACUUACCGAAAGCGUAUUUAAAGUAUAGAACUGAAGAUAUCGUUCACUGUUUUCAAUGAACAAAUUGUUUGAAAGAACUCAGUUAUAAAAUAAAUGAAAACUCCAUCAAUUAAUUCAAUUUUAAACAAAUAGCGCACGUUCUAACUUCCUGAAUUUCUUCUAGUGAAGGUCUAGGUUAGUUACAAACGGUUUUUAGGCCGCGUGUCAACCCAUUUAAUAGCAUAUUUGCUACCAAAAAUCAUUUCAAAACCAUUUUUUUUACCGGCAGCCACAGUGACUUGAGAGAGAGAAGGAGCGGAUUAAUAAGUUAUUGAUCAACUUGAUUUGCUUAAAAAUACUGCCCAGUUGGCAAACGAAAUAUAUUUAUGGAAAAUGGCAACGAAGCUAGGGUUGUAGCCAGCGACUCGAGCAAGCGUUGCCGUGCCGCUAGGUAGAGAUAGGAAAAUCCGGACCGCAUUAAGAACCACAAAAAUUGCACAAUUCGUUACCGUGCCUUCUAAGAAAAACAAAUGAUAAGAACAGUUCUUUCGGGAAACGUUUUCAGGAAAAGGCGUGUCAGAAGUGCAAGCGAUAACCUUGAUAGGUAUUGCGCGUAGCUUUCAGGUCAUGGUUAGACGACCUCAGGAUUUCAGGGAAAUCUAAGAAAAUGUCACUUUAAGGACGAGGCAUCACGGGUUUGAACCUAUUUUUAAUACGACUGACUUUAAAUUCUAAACUGCAUGAAAAACAGAAAAAAUUACAAGCGAACCCUAUUUAAUUUAUCUUUACAGUGUUGAUUACCGCCACCCAGAUAAUAGCGGAGCUCGCAGAGCGUAGCCCCAUAGUUAUAAAAAAUUGUCGUAACCCAUCAAGCCGAAAAAAUUUGGAUGUACGACCGUACAUGGUGCUACUUUUAACAUGCGUGGUCAACUGUAACGUGGGCACGCCAGCGUCACGGAUUUGUUCAGUAGUCCAGUGAUCAGUGCACUGGGCUCCGAGUCGGACGACCCGUGUUCUAUUCCUGGCCUGGGCAAGGCGUUGUGCCCUUGAGACGUGCGGGAAAAAAAAUGCGAGCUCUACCUUUAGGCUUGGCGAAAACUAUAUGUUAUUUUAAGAUCGUCGCGUGCACUUUAAAUUUUUGUUUUGUUUGGUUUUGUUUUGUUUUUUUCCGACAACCUUUCCCAUAACAACUGAAUACGGUUACCUCGUAUCUCCAGUUGCACAUAUAUGAAAACUUACAUUCAUAUUUAAUUUUACGUUUUUUAAGUCUCUUUAGAUGGGGGAGGAAGAAUAGGGGGCGGGGUGAGGGGAGGUGUCAGCCUAACAAGGAACUAAUAAACAUCCAAAAAUUCAACUAUUAAAAUUACAUGAACUCACUGAUAAUCUUAGCUGAUGCAAAGUAGUUAACUAAUUCAGAAAAUCAGGGAAGAGAUGAUAGACGCUGUAGUGAAGAAACCUGUACUGUGUUAAUUGACAGUGAUCAAUCAAACAUAAACUGCAGAUGUUAAAUUAAAAAGAAAGGAAUGAAAUAGAAAAUGAAAAGCAGUCACGUUUUCUUUCUCAGUUAUUUUUCUCCUUUAUUGUGAUUGUGAUCAUAGUCUCUUUAUCUUUUGAUCAUUAUUAUUAUCACUUUGCUUAUCAUCAUCAUGUUAAUUAGUAUUUUUGUUUCCGUUUUCAUCAUUUUGUAGAAUGCUCAAACAUAACUUUUAAGAACUCUUGGUACAUAUUUUCGGUGGGUGGAUGGUACUGGCUCCGGAACAGAGAAGCCUGCCGAACCCAAGGAGGGGACCUAGCUUCCAUUGAAACCGAAGAAGAAUGGAAUUUCAUUAAUGACGAGAUUCAAAGGCGGAAUACUUGGAACCGUGGAAAUAAAAAUAAAUGGGACAUUGGUUUAACAAAAAAGGCCGGCAAUUGGACCUGGGUGAAUGGAAGACCGCUGACUAUUUACAAAUGGGGAAAAGGGGAUCCAAGUGGUGAACACGACGCAGCUUUCAUGUACAAGCUGUCCAAUAAUGGCGAACAGGGCGUGUUUGGUAGUGUUAAUGGUACAAGUCGGAAAAACUGGCUGGCUUAUAUUUGUGAGAUUUCCAGGAGUAAGUUUUUUUGUUUUGUUUUCGUUUUAUUAUUAUUAUUACUCUGA